CCUGUUUCUUCUCAUAGCACAAUGACUUGAUGCUAUUUCAGAUGGCUCCUAAAAAAGAAAUCCCUGCAGGGUCAGUUAAGGUCCCGCGGAAUCUCCUCAUCUUCAGUCAGCUUGUUCUAUGUGUGAUUACCAUCAAUGUCACUUUGCUCCCAUGUGACUCUGAUGUGAACUCCACUACAGUGGACUGCAGCAACAUACCACUGAUUUAUGUCCCCAGAAUCACAUCUACUAAUGUUAUCUCAAUCAAUAUCAGUUAUACUGGAAUACAACGAGUGCGGUCACAAGAUUUUUUGGAUAUCCCAAACCUUCAAACUCUGAACAUGAUGGGUAAUUGCCCACUGCCUUACCAGAGGAUCUCAAAACAUGACUCUUGUGACGUGAAGAUCUCAGAAAAUGCCUUAGCGAGCCUGGAUAAUCUGCAAUAUCUAAAUGUGUCAGGAAACAGCCUCACCUCUAUACCCCAUUUACCCAGAAGCCUUAUUGUUCUUGAUCUAAAAAGCAAUCAAAUCUUUAACAUUAGUGAGCCUUUAAAGACUCCACACCUACAAGAGCUCUUACUCGCCAAUAACUGUUUUUAUGCAAAUCCCUGCAACCACUCUGCCAGAAUCAGUGAGGAGGUUUUCAAACAGCUUACUCAACUCAAAACUCUUGACUUGGCACAAAAUAAUUUAACAGCUGUCCCUAAAGGACUGCCAGCUUCACUUGAGUUCCUGGAUUUAAGACUAAAUACAAUCACAGAGAUUUUGAAAGGUGCAUUCGCUAAUCUGACAAGCCUUAGACAUUUAAAUCUAGCGUGGAAUUGCCAGCGCUGUGACCAUACAUCCAGGCCCUGCUUUCCUUGCCCACAAAAUAAGCCAUUACAACUAAAUCCACUGUCAUUCGAUGUAAAGAAUAGCUCCAUCACAUACCUCUCUUUGAGGGGAAACUCUCUGACAACAAUUCCUGAAGGCCUUUUCAGACCUUUGAACAAUUUGAAAGAGUUAGAUCUUUCUGACAACUUCCUGUCAUAUCCCAUACGUAAUGGUACGUUCUUCACAGAUCUGACUCACCUCACUUCAAUCAACUUCUUCUAUAACAAUGAACCAUUGCAUACGUUUUCAAAUAUGACUCUCUCACCGUAUAUUACCAGCAUGUCUAAUCUACAAGAACUUAAACUGAGUGGGAAUUUUUUCCGUUCAUUUCUAUCAGACAGUCUGUGCCUGCUGUCAGAAUUUAAACUCCUAAAGAGGCUGGAAUUGAGAAUGAACUUUAUUGAUUAUUUUAAUUUCACAGCUUUGAGACAAAUGCCUUCUCUCGUAUAUAUUGACCUCUCCCAAAACAUGCUGAAUUUAUCCCAAUGCUGGGUAUAUCCCUCAUGUGAGAGCUUGUCAGAGCAAGGUUGUCAGAGCCAGAACUUGUAUAAAUAUGAAUAUAAUGAGCCAGCCCUGACCCUAUUAUCUCAAGACAUCUCUUCUGGAAGAGACAUGAUGGAAUCCAAUCAGUUAAGAAUGCCAGAAAUGUUGGAGAAAAAAGAAUUUAGAUUUAAAUUUCUAGAGGACUUUAUAACUGAGUUUUGUAGCAACAGGCUGACUUUAGAUCUUUCCCAAAAUGACAUUGUGUAUUUAAAUGAUUCACUCUUCAUCGGCAUGGAAAAUGUUUCUUGUUUAGACUUGUCUCUCAAUUACAUGAACCUGCCAUUGAAAGGCAAGCAGUUUACGAGACUGAAAAAAAUGAUAGUCCUGAAUUUGUCUCAUAAUAGACUUGAUCUCUAUUACAAAGAUGCCUUUAUGGACAUUAAAAACACUCUAAGGGUACUAGACCUAAGUAAUAAUCAGUUUUAUUUCAAAAUGGAGGGCAUGGGUCAUCACCUUGAGUUUCUUUCCAAUCUGAAAAUGUUGGAAGUGCUGAGUUUGGCGAACAAUGCCAUUGGGAUGCGAAUAGAUAAGGAGCUAAAUAGCGACUCUCUUAAGUACCUCUACUUUAAUGGAAAUAAACUUUUCAUAAUGUGGGAGUCUGAUAACAACAGAUACACUAGGUUUUUCCAAAACCUUACAAGUCUCCUCCUUUUGGACAUCUCCAAAAACAAGCUGAAAAACAUUCCAUUUGAUGUGUUGUGCAGUCUUCCAAGAAGUAUCCAGUACCUCAAUAUCAGUCAAAAUAAGCUACACCUUUUUCCAUGGCGGAACAUUUCUGCACUCAGCAAUUUAACGCACCUCGACUUGAGUCAGAACUCCAUGUACUUUUUGCCUUAUAUAGGUGUUGAAUUUCCAGACCAAUUUAAUUUUUUAGACCUCAGUCACAACAAAUUAAAGGCGAUUCCCCAGGAUUUUUUCAGUAAAGCCAAAUCCUUGCAAUACCUGUUCCUCAGCUACAAUCAGAUUAAAGAGUUGAGCAGACAGUUUUUUCCCACCCCAUUUAAAAAUGGCAGUGCUCUUAAAUAUCUCACUCUGCAUGGUAAUCCUUUUAGAUGUGACUGUGAAACCUCCUGGUUUGCAGAAUACUUGGUUACCACUCCUGUACAGAUUCCUUAUCUCACCACAUCUGUACGAUGUCAAUACCCGGAAUCCAAACUGGGUAAGAACAUAUGGUCUAUAGACCAGCGUUCAUGCCAGGACAUAUAUGGCAGUGUACCGUUUCUUGUUUGUUCCUUCUUUACUGUAGUACUUACUCUCCUGCCCUUACUUAAGCAUCUCUAUGGUUGGGAUUUGUGGUAUUGCUUGCAUGUGUUUUGGGCAGGAAUCAAAGGGUACUCCAAGCUGCCAGAUAAUGAUUCCAAACACCGCUAUGAUGCGUUUGUGGUUUUUAACACUAUUAACCUGGCAAUGAGAGACUGGGUGUACAAGGAGCUAUUAGUCCACCUGGAGUGCGAAGGUCCCAGAAGGUUCUGUCUCUGUUUGGAAGAAAGGGAUUGGAUACCUGGACUGUCAUGCAUUGAAAAUCUACACAAUGCUGUCCAUAACAGUGUGAAGACAGUAUUUGUGCUGUCCAGCAGUGUUACUAAUCAUGAGACCGUGAAUGGUGUCACCCGACAGGCAUUCUUCAUGGUUCAACAGCGACUUCUGGAUGAAAAGGUGGAUGUAGCGGUGCUCGUGCUGUUGGAUGAGAUGUUUCCCAAACUGAAGUAUCUUCAACUGAGGAAAAGGUUGUGCAGAAAGUCAGUGUUAUCUUGGCCCAAAAACCCACAUGCUCAGCCAAUUUUCUGGAAUCAAUUAAGAAUGGCACUCAAAUCAGACAACCUACGAUUUUAUGACAACAACAUGAGUGAAAGUUUUAAUUAACGUUUUAGCUGCUUUUGACAUCAACUUU